AUGGCAAUUCCGGCAGACGACCGCUUCGAAUGGAAGCUGACCAAGCCCGGGCGAUGGGAACGAGACACUGACGAGGUUGAAGAAUUCUACACCUCGCUGGCAAAGGCUUAUGAAGGGACAGGAAGAGUCUUCUUUGCCAUGACCGGGUUCAUUUCGUUUUCUGUUCCAGUACCGCCAGGCACCAACUCCCUCGAAACAGAGAAACGAGUUCAGCAGGCGCUGAAAAAUGCCUGGAUUCGUCUUCGUUUCGACCACCCGACCAUUGCCUCUAAGGUUCAAUAUGACCCGGCCCAGCAAAAGUACAAGAAGACGUACGAGACCUUCACCGAUAGCACGUCCCAGCGUCAAUGGCUGGAUGAUACGUUCUGUGUCGUAUCAGAGAGAAUGUCGGGGCUUGACUGGUGUAACUUGGAUCCCCCAGUACCUGCUCUACCGACGCUGUUCCUCGUCAAACCCCCAGCAUUGAAUGACCAGGUCUUUCGCGCUGAUCUUGUCCUCCGUGCGCGUCACGACAUCAUUGACGGCAUGGGUACCUUGCUUCUCUUUAACAAUAUUUUCUCUCUUGCUGCCGCUGCAUACGAGCAAACCGACUAUGAAUUACCUCAAUUUGGCGAGGAGUGGUCAAACCUUAGCCCUCCCCUCAAGGUAGCAGCCGGGAUACCGGCUGCCCUCUCGCCAGAGCAUGAGCAACAGAUGCGCGGAAUUCUUGAACACAACGCUUCAUUAAAGGAAGGCAUUCAAACAGCAAGCCCACCAUUCCAGCGACAAAUCGCCCUCCCUGGAAAACACCAACGUGUUGCAGUUACUUUAUCUGAGGAUAAAACAGCGACACUGUUGGAGAAAUGUCGCAGUCUCAGGCUCAGUGUUACACAUGCAUACCAUGCCGCAAUUGCGCUGGCUGUUAGGGACCUCCAGGAACGCAAGGAAAGCAAGCGCAUGGUACGAUACAUCAGCUACUGCCUGGUCAACGAGCGCCAUCGCUGCAAGCCCCCGUACAGCACAGCAAUUCAUCCCGCAUCAGUGUAUCACUCCGUCUCCGGUCGACGUUUUACCGUCGACCUCACUGUCCCCGAAUUAGGGAGCUCCAACGCUACUCCAACCGACGAAGAAGAAUUCCUCCCCAUUGCUGAACAUAUUCGCGACUACUAUCUGGAUGUUCGCGACAAUAAAGAUUAUAUGAAGUUCAUUCCAGCCUUCUGGGCGAUGUCCAUCUUCCCGUAUCCUGGGCCCGAUCCUCCCGCAAUUCCAGCACGGAAUGAGACUCCUUCGGCGUCCAUUUCCAGUAUGGGCGUGCUGGACAAGGUAAUUCGCCAUAAUUACGGAAGUUUCAGCGUCGACAAUCCUUGGGUUACCGGUGAGGAGCUAGGAACUGGACUUGGGAUGUUCCUGGAUACAUGGAAAGGAAGGUUGACUCUCAGUGCAGCGUACAAUGAUGCCUGGCAUGGAAAGGAGGAAGUCUUGGAUGUUUUGAAUCGGUGCAAUGAUAUUGCAUUUCAAGGACUUGGCAUUAGAGAGGCAACAUCAUUCUAG